AACCUUCCCGCGCGGCUCUGGACCGAUCGUCCCAGUCCGCCCGAAAAACAGCUGUUGCUCGUUUUCCCGCCCCUAUGACGUGCCGGCCUCGGCCCGUGACCCCUCCCGUCACCGCCCCGGGCUUUCUCGAUCCGCUCCCGGGGCGGUGGCGUGGCGCCCGCGGACCGACGCAGGCCCAGGGCAAGAGCGGGAGGAUGUCUGCUGCAGCUGAAAAAGAGCCGGAAGGCUGCCUCUGAUGAUAGAAUCAAUGCUCAUGCUUUUAAUGUUGUUCUUCUUUCUAGGACUUGGUACAGGUGUUUGUUCCCUGCUAAGCUGCCAAUUGACCUCCUUCGCACAGAAGACACGCAAUUGCACACACGCACACACGCACACACAGCAGAACAUACCAUGCCUUUAGAUUUCCUCUCAAGAAAAGCCGGUGUCAUCACGGGCGAAGACGUCAGAAAGUUGUUUGAGUACGCACACAAGCAGGGCUUCGCCAUCCCAG